CGGUCCACCUUACUUCCGGUCACUGCAUUCCGUUCCACACACAGGAAGAUCAGGUGAUGGUUGGUUCUAAAUCGCGGUUCUAGCAGCUACCAUCAGGUUAACACAGUAGUGAAGAAGACUUCCGGUGAGUGUGAGACACCCAGCAGCCAUCACAUUGUGUGUAGGACUGAGCAGGACCCAGAGCCCCAUCACGGUGCCUCCAUCUCAGUCACUGACACAUGAGAGACACAAUGAUCAGAAGAUCCUGGAACUCACCAACAAGAUCAUUCAGCUGCUGACUGGAGAGGAGGAGGAGUAUACAGAGGAACACAGGGGUCUGUACAAGGACGUGAUGAUGGAGAAUCACCGGCCCCUCACAUCACUGGAUGGACCAAGUAACAGAGAUUCCCCAGAGAGAUGUCCCCGUCCUCUGUAUUCCCAGGACUGUACAGAGGAGAAUCACAGGAUCCCACAGGAGGAUCAGGAUGACUGUCUGACUGAUAUAAAGGCAGAAGAUAUAGAGGGAGAAGAAGAGACGUAUGUGACUGAUAUAAAGGCAGAAGAUACAGAGGGAGAAGAAGAGAUGUAUGUGACUGAUAUAAAGGCAGAAGAUAUAGAGGGAGAAGAAGAGACGUAUGUGACUGAUAUGAAGGCAGAAGAUAUAGAGGGAGAAGAAGAGACGUAUGUGAGGGGUGAUCAGCAGUGUAAGGAGGAGGAGAUCCCUACAGAUAUCAGCACAGCAGAUGGACCCACAAGCAGGAAUAUCUCAGAAGUACAUCUAAUGUUAUCCCUGGAUUGUGACAUAACAGAUAAUGACAGUAGACAGGAUUCUCCAGGAGAUAAUCCCAUUACCCCAAUUAUACAUCCAGCUCUAUCAACUAAUCCCCCUGAUCCUGGGAAAUGUUCUCCUGAUCACUCUGAUAUUGGUGCAUCUAUUACAGCUCUGAGAUUAGAUACAGAGUUUCCCUGUUCUACAGACGCCAAAUGUUUUACACAGAACACAAACCGUAUUACUCAUCAGCCAGCUAAGGCAGGUGAGAGGCCAUUUCCAUGUUCUGAGUGUGGGAAAUGUUUUACAUAUAAAUCAAAUCUUGUUACACAUCAGAGAAGUCACACAGGUGAGAAGCCGUAUUCCUGUUCUGAGUGUGGGAAAUGUUUUACACAGAAAUCAAAUCUUGUUACACAUCAGAGAAGUCACACAGGUGAGAAGCCGUAUUCCUGUUCUGAGUGUGGGAAAUGUUUUACACAGAAAUCAGAUCUUGUUACACAUCAGAGAAGUCACACUGGUGAGAAGCCAUUUCCAUGUUCUGAGUGUGGGAAUUUUUUUACAUAUAAAUCAAAUCUUGUUACACAUCAGACAAGUCACACAGGUGAGAAGCCGUAUUCCUGUUCUGAGUGUGGGAAAUGUUUUGUAGAGAAAUCAGGUCUUGUUAUACAUCAGAGAAGUCACACAGGUGAGAAGCCGUAUUCCUGUUCUGAGUGUGGGAAAUGUUUUGCAUCUAAAUCAAAUCUUGUUACACAUCAGAGAAGUCACACAGGUGAGAAGCCAUUUUCCUGUUCUGAGUGUGGGAAAUGUUUCACACAGAAAUCAGCCCUUGUUACACAUAAGAGAAGUCACACAGGUGAGAAGCCGUAUUCCUGUUCUGAGUGUGGGAAAUGUUUUGCAUCUACAUCAGAUCUUGUUAAACAUCAGAGAAGUCACACAGGUGAGAAGCCGUAUUCCUGUUCUGAGUGUGGGAAAUGUUUUGCAUCUAAAUCAAAUCUUGUUAAACAUCAGAUAAGACACACAGGUGAGAAGCCAUUUUCAUGCUGUGAGAGAAAUAAAUCCGCUCUUGUUGAACAUAUUAGACAUUACCCAAGCACGGAACCAUUUAAAUCUUCUGGAGUAUAAUUAUCACUGUCAUGCAAUGUUCCGCAAGGGUCAAUCCUAUCUCCUAUGCGUCAUGCAAUAUACAGUCUGGUCCAUAUAUAUUGGGACAUCGACACAAUUCUCAUAUUUUGGGCUCUAUACACCACCACAAUGGAUUUGAAAUUAGACAAACAAGAUGUGCUUUAACUGCAGACUUUCCGCUUUAAUUUGAGGGUAUAUACAUCAAAAUCAGGUGAACUGUGUAGGAAUUAAAAUGGUUUUUAUAUGUGCCUCCCACUUUUUAAGGGACCAAAAGUAAUGGUACAAACUAAACAAUCCUAAAUCAAAUAUUGUAAAUCAGAUCAGUGCGAUCGUCCAGAUCAACAAAAAAUACUUUACUACUUAAUGUGGUCGCAGCCCGGAUCAGUGUUUCGUGAAUUGAGCUUUGACAUAUUUUCCAAGGGCGAUCUGAUUACCAUCUCCUAGAUGAAGAUCUGGAUACAAUAUCCAUACUGAUAUGCAAAUAUUUAUCUGGUACGCAUAUACAUUUUGUGAUAACUGAAUUUAAUCCCACAUACGGAAAUAUACUACGCUAUAUAGCAAUUCUUUGUGUCUCCUAGCAGCAUUUAGAUCCCAGUAGUAACCUGGACUAAAGAAUGGGGGAAUGAUACGCCAUGUGUCAAGCCGUAAUCCGUACGCUAUAAUCUUGUGUGUGACAAAACUAGUGAUGAGCGGAUUCGGUUUUACUCUGUUCUCAAAACGGCAUCUUAUUGGCUUACAGAUGUCAUGUGUUUUGUAUAGCCAAUAAGAUUCUGUUUUGAGAUCCGAGUAAAACCGAAUCCGCUCAUCACUAGACAAAACUGAUUGAAAAAUACUACACCAUAGUCGCUCUCUUGUUUCUUCCUUUGUUUCCAGAAUCUUAAAUCAAACUUUUACUUUUUAAUAUUUUGUUGCAAAUCCUUUUGUCAGUUACAGCCUGAAGUCUGGAACGCAUAGACAUCACCAGACGCUGGGUUUCAUCCCUGGUGAUGCUAUGCCAGGCCUCUACUGCAAAUGUCUUCAGAUCCUGCUUGUUCUUGGGGCAUUUUCUCUUCCGUUUUGUCUUCAUCAAGUAAAAUGCAUGCUCAAUCGGAUUCAGGUCAGGUGAUUGAUUUGGCCAUUGCAUAACAUUCCACUUAUUUGCCUUAAACGCUUUGGUUGCUUUCGCAGUAUGCAUCGGGUCAUUGUCGAUCUGCACUGUGAAGCGCCUUCCAGUGAGUUCCGAAGCAUUUGACUGAAUAUGAGCAGAUAAAAUUGCCCAAAACACUUCAGCAUUCAUCCUGCUGCUUUUAUCAGCAGUCACAUUAUCAAUAAAUACAAGGAAACCAGUUCCAUUGGCAUCCAUACAUGCCCACGCCAUGACACUACCACCACCAUGCUUCACUGAUGAGCUGGUAUGUUUUGGAUCAUGAGCAGUUCCUUUCCUUCUCCAUACUCUUUUCUUCCCAUCACUCUGGUACAAGUUGAUAUUUGUCUCAUCUGUCCAUAGGAUGUUGUUCCAGAACUGUAAAGGCUUUUUUAGAUGUUGUUUGCAAACUCUAAUCUGGUCUUCCUGUUUUAUUGCUCACCAAUGGUUUACAUCUUGUGGUGAACCCUCUAUAUUCACUCUUGUGAAGUCUUCUCUUGAUUGUUGACUUUGACACAUAUACACCUAUCUCCUGGAGAGUGUUCUUGAUCUGGGCAACUGUUGUGAUGGGGUUCAUGCUAUUUAGUACACUAGUAGUGUACUAAAUAGCACGAACAGCUUGUAACGUAGAGUGGCAAGUUUAAUCUUUCUAUGUAUAAUGGAGAGAAAUAAAAGCUUCUCCCUAAGUUCCUGGAUGCCAAAUCACUGUCCUUAGUAUCUCUGUACAGUUUUUUCUAUUAGAGUACUAAUUAGCAGGAACAGCUUAUAAUGUACAACACAGAUUCUCUAACGCCGACGAUCUACAGUACUGUGUUGCUCGAACAGUUAGUUGCGUCAGAAUACACUAAUUUAUAUCUACUGUUAUGUCUAUACGUGCUCAUUACCGCUGUGUAUUUUAGAUAGUGAAUGAGUCACUCCUGCAGAUUUACCCCGAUUUGUGUGAAACCUGUGUGCACCCUUCUGUUGAAUGUUUUACAAUGGAUUACACAGAAAAAAUAAUAAAGUGAAUGUCACUGGAACACAAAAAAAAUUGACACUUUGGGAAUCGAACCCGGUACUCAGCGUGGCAGACCGGAGCCUUCAUCGCUAGCCCACAGCACUGCAUGGAAGAUUCUCAAGUUCAUGUGUAAAAGUACUGCAAAGAGCGAUUCCUCCCCAUUGGUGUUUGUUUAUGCCGUUAGGGGACUCGGACACUCAUUUUGUGCACUGUACAUACUGUAAAGUCAAUGAGCUACAUUAGUUGUGUCUGCAUACACAAGUGUUUUAACACGUUCAUUUGCGUCUGUAUAAACUAUACAUACAGGGAUUUGGCAUCCAGAAACUUAGGGAGGAGCUUCUAUCUCUCCCCAUUAUACUUAAUACUACGGGAUUUGGACACUCGCAUAUCCCUAACAUCAAUAGACCAUACUGUAUCUGUAACACGUUCAUUUGCAUCUGUAUAUGCUGUACUAUUUGCACCUGUACUGUAUAUACUGUUAUAGACUUUAUGACAUACUGUAGCAUAAUGUAGCGUAAUGAGACGCACCAGUAAAGUAGUUCUUACGCUGUAGUUCAGUAUUGUAUUUUAAUGGAGACCACACGCUUGCGCAUUGGUGAUUUAAAAAAGCGACAUCCGGUGGAUGAUCUUAGGUAUUACACUCAAAGGUAACGCCAAACGCUCUGUGUGCCUUCCUACGACUAGGCGUGCCUCCUUGCGCCCAGGUACGCUGCGUAUGCCUGAUCGCGACUAACGCCUCAGCCAGCCAAGAUAACGGAGGACCCGUCUGUAUAUUUAGUUCCUAAAUAAUACAUCCCAAAUGCUUAGGUCUUCUUUCUGCUGUUUAUUUUGUAUCUUGUGCUUUGUGUAAAUGUGAAUGUCUAAUACCAGUUUCCACAAUCUGUAUUGCUGCACGACAAUAUGGCGGCCAUUGGAACGUGUUUUCACUUCUAGUUUACCUAACUUGUUGCAGACACUCAUCUUGAUAAGGAGUGUCAGAGUGUUUUCAGAUACAAGAUCCUAUCCAUAUAUACCCUGUACAUUACCAUGUGCAUUAGAGUCACCCAGGUUCCAUCUGCGUUGGUUUGUUGUAUGUUACAUCUAUAUGGUGCGGAUACUCCCCUGUAUGAUUUCAUAAUAAAAGCUUUUGUCUGCAUCUAA